GUUUCGGUCUGGGCCCCCAUCGGCCAUUUCAAAUCCCGAAACGUGUGCGGGUCGUUCAAAUUCAAAACCUCCGAGGUGUAGUCGGCCAAGAUCCAGGGAAAGACGGGGUAUUGCGACAAAUCGUUAUGAGUCCGCC